CACUCUUCAAGUUUGGUCUACUGUCGAAUAUGUUCUUUCGGUUGCAGUUUUACUCGUAUAUAAUAGCAAACUGAGCAAAUUCUCCUUUAAAUUGAACAAAAUUGAUGCUUAUUUGAGGAUUCAUGUGAAACAUUAUAACAUGGCUAGGAAGAAAACUUUUAUAAUCACUGUAAUUCUUUGUUUAGUUAGAUUUACUUUCACGUUUACUCAUUGCUUGAGUCAUGUCUGCUAUGGGAAUCUCAUAUUAUUCAUCAUGAGCCAAUUUUCGUCGUUCGCUUUAGACAUUAAUAGAGUAUGGAGGUUCAUACUGCUUGAAACUGUACGCUACCGCCUUUGUUUUCUUCGUCAACGGUUAGAAGAGGUGCCAGAAUGCAAUUAUUAUCUUUAUAUCAGUGAUAAUAAAACAUAUAGGAAGAACAAAAUGUCGUUUUGCGUCAAUUUGUAUAGGAGUAUUGCUGAUAUCUAUGAUUUGGUAGCACCGGAGAUUCACUCUACUAUGUUUGUAACAGUUGUUUGCACUGUACCAAAAUUGAUUAAUAAUUUCUAUCACAUUUUACUGGUUCAAGAUGGGCGUGAACCUACCGAAAACUUAUUGUUUUUGAUAACGCACGUUUUGCAACUGAGCUUCCUUUUAUUUUCACCGUGUAUCAUAGUUGAGUUUCAUGCGAUGGAAGUGGAAAAAAUGAGAAUUUUCCUGAUACAUCGAUAUAUUGACGAGUUGGAUGCGAAGGUCAAGGAAGAAAUCGACACUUUCCUUCAAUACGUAAACAUAAGAACGUUUCAACGUAAGAUAUGGCGGUGUGUGCCCAUGAACAUAGCUCUGCCCCUGGAAGUGGCCAACAUUUGCGUGUCUGCAAUCAUUGUGAUUAUCAAUUUCACCCAUUUAUACGGGUGAAUGAUCUAAAUCUUAGCUUUUCGUGU